AUGCCGCAGCAUCUGCGCAACAGCAGCAUGCUGCGCAUCAGCGGACAGCCAUACGAAUCGAUCCAACGGGGCCCGCAGAGGACGCUCGCCGGCAACCGGCAGCUGAUGCAGAUACACAGCUGGAGGGUCACCACCAGGAUGCUGACCCUUCUGCUGCGGAUGUACGAGAAAGAUGGCGGCGCCAGAAAGCUGCGCAGCGUGCAGCAGCUCUUCCUGAGUUACGACUACUGCAGCGGCAGCAGGACGCUGCGCGGCAUGCGGCUGCACGUGAGAGCACAGCAGCAGGUGAGAGCGCAGGAGCAGCUGCGUGAUGCAGCUGCUCGUUCUGACCCUGAGGUGAGGGUGCAGCAGCAGCUGCGGAACACUGCCCAGCAUGCAGCUGCCCGUGCUGACCCGGAGGUCAGGGCGCAGCAGCAGCUGCGUGACACUGCACGGCAUGCAGCUGCACGUCUUGAUCCGGAGGUGAGGGCGCUUCAGCAGCAGCCAAACACAGCACAGCAUGCGGCUGUGCGGCAGAUACAGCAGCAUGAUCGGCAGGCCGCCCCUAGGGACACCCUAUUGGCUCGCAUGCACCGGCUCCUGCACUUCAUGGACCUUCAUCGUGAUGCCGCCAUUGACUUGCCUGACUUCCUUUUGGCGAUUCCAGAGGGCCGCGUGCAGGAUCUUCCUGGCGGUCAGUUAUCGCCUGACAGGCAGGUACCAUACACGGUACAACUGCAAUGUGCAUCGACCAUGGCUGUUGCCUUGCGACGGCGCAUGCCUUCCCGAGUCUGUGCUGUGUGCUCCAAAGUGUGCUCGGAGGAGGAGUCGACGGUGCUGUCCUGGAUGGAGAUCCCCAAUGUCGACAUUCUGCGUGCAGACGUCAUGUGCACGGACGCUGUGCAGCGCUGGGGACAUACUGUGGUCUGGCAGCGGAUGGCGCGUACGGCUCAGGGAGAAGCACCGCCACCGCCUGAUCCGGUCCUGCCAGCUCGGUAUCGUGUUAGCCGGGCUGAGCGGGCUGCUGCUGUGGAUGACGACGGCGGCAGUGCUAGUGGGGCAGGCAGGCUGGUAGAUGAUGCAGCGGAAGGAGCAUUGGAGAUGGGUGGUGAUGCUCCGGAGACUGAUGAUUUAGACGCAGUGGCGGCUGAGCAGCAGCCGCCCGAGCAACUUCCGCCGGACCAACAGCCGCGCGCUCCACGGGUGCUGCCCAGAGCCUGCCUUGACGACCCAGCUAGUGUGGAGGUGCCAUACUGCAUGCGUUUGGAGCCGGAUUUGCCCAACCGCACUAUGCUGGUCAGCGACGGUGUUGCAGAGCGGAUCUUCAUAUGCACCACCUGCCACAAGGCCCUGAGUGCCCGACGAGUUCCCGAAGCUGCCCUGGCGCGCCUGGACCCUGGCGAUGUGCCGCGUGUCAACCAUCUGGGCGACCCUCUGCCGUUGCCCACUUUCUUGGAGGGGCAGCUUCUGGGCCGCGGCCGCAUUAUCCAGCAGUUGCUCAUAAUGUACCUGGCAGACCGACCGCCGGACGUCUUCCCUCGUGCUGUAAAGACUCACGGCAUUGGGGUCGUAAAUCCUGACCCGAAUAUGCUGCGAGGACAGCUGCCAGCGCGGGCGUCCGACCUGGCCGGCUCUAUCACGGUCGUGUGUGUCGACCAGGUUCACAGCCGGGCGGAGCUGCUGGAACGCAUGCGAAAGGCGCCAGGUCUACAGGUGCGAGGGCAGGUCAUCGUCGCCUGGGUUCGUUUCUUACAGCACAACGACGAGGAGGAGCUGGCUAUCGAUGAGGAUGCUCUGCAGGAGUACGAGCGCAUGGGCUGUGCUGCAGGCGUGCCGGAUGAAAUCUUGCAUGCAGCGCUUGCACCGACGGAUCCGGAGGUGGCGAAUGUCCUCUGCACCACCUUUCUGCACGAUCGCACGGGUGCGGCAGGUGUGCGGCAGUUCCAGGACGUGGUGGAAGCGGCUGUUCGUGAUGGCGAUCUUGCCGAUGCAGCUGCGGCGCCUGACGUGGAUCCUGCAGGACCCGUGCAACCAACGCUGGCGGAUCCGACCCCGAAUGCAGGGCAUGAUGCUGGACCGGGGCCACUCACCGCCAUCCUGCGUGGACCUGUCGACCAGCCAGUUGAAGGUGCACCAGUCGAUCCGGCAGCUGCCACUCUGGACGAACUGGAGCUGAUCCUGCCACAGCCGUCGAAUGUGGGCGAUGAUGGCAGCGAAAUCGACCGCUUCCCGGGCCGAGUGGAGGACCUUCUGACUGGCCGUGCACGGCUUGCAUUUGCAGCUGGUGGCCGUGACAGCCACGUGCUGGAUGACCGUCAUCCCGCCAUCCUCACCCUCUGCUUCCCCCAGUCCUUUCCGUACGGCUUUUCUGGUCAGCGCCCCCGCGGCAUGUCUUUUCCGGCGUAUUGUCGCCACCUGCUGCACCGCGUGCCACGAACGCAAUUCGGCGGCAAUCUCAUGCUGCUGGCACGCAUGUACGACAUCUGCGUGCGCCACGAAAGCAUGGUGCAAGUGGGCAUUACCAUGAACAUGCGGCCGCAUCUUGGCGAGCCAGCAGCGUGUGUGCCGUGUGAUGUCAUCCGUGCUAUGGGCACCAUACUGGCACUGCCGUAUCGGCACUCGCAGCGGCGGCAGCUGCUUGCGCAGCAGUCGCCGCUGGUUAAGGUGCUGGUGGAGGGGGCCCGCCUCAGUACUCUGCGCCUCGACCUCACAGAUGCUUAUUACAAUGGUGCGCGAUCCAAGAUGCAUGCAGCCGCCCUCACCAUUGGCUGGCCCCCGCUGUUCUUCACCGUAAAUCCGGCAGAUAUGCAUGCAGCCUGUGCAGUCAUGGCCUCCGGACAGGUGUUGGACUUCGACGAUGACGGACGACCGCAACAUAUCCCGAGCACGGUGGAGAAGUGGCGGCGUGUGAAGGAUGACCCGUACAGUUGCGCCGCCCUGCUGGUGGCCACCAAGGAGGUUCUGGUGGAGGAGCUCUUCGGCUUCACGCCGGGCGCCAUGCAGCAGACGAACCCGCGCUGCUUCUGCGGGCUCACGUUUGAGGUGGCAGUCAAGGUGGAGCAGAGCGGCCGCCUCGCCCUGCACAUCCACGGUGUUGCACAUGUGGCCGAUAUGUGGCCGGUAGACGCGUUCACAGCGCUAUCUGCGGGCGCCGAGCAAUCUCCUGAGGCGGCAACCACAGCGGCGGUACUGGUGGAGGCUGAAGAGCAGGAGGGCUACACAGUGACCAACGCCGUGCAGAGCUACGUGCUGCGGGGGGAAGAACUCAGCGGCCUGGACUGCAGCAUGUACAACAUAGCUUCCAACUAUGAGCUUGGAGGCUCUCUUCCCCGCCGGCCCCGCCCUGGCACCUCUGCUGCGGGCAUGGCGCAGUACUACGCGUUUGUCCUGGGUACUUUCAAAGCUCACCGGGGUCAGCCCAUCCCCCCUGGGCUGACUGUAAAGGAAGCCUACGACACCUGGUGGGCAGAGCUGGGCACUACCGAGACAGGUCGCUCGUACCAGGCGUAUGUAUCGGUGCUGCUGGACAACAUCGAAGAGGACCACGCUGGGAAAGCCCGCCGUCAGGCGGAGUACAACCAGCGGCGCCGCCAGCACUGUGCGGCAGCGGCAGCAGCCACGCUGCCUGAAGGUGACAGCAUGAGCGCUUCGGAUGGAGAUGCCGACGACGGCAUCCGCGGGCAUCUCAGGCCUGAUCCUGAAACACAGCCGCCGGCCGAGGACCAGCUGGAGCACUUCGUGUACAUCCCAGGUCAGGAGUAUCCGACGGCUGGCACCGACCUCGCCGCCGUCGCUCUUACGGACCUGUUUGACUGCACCAACGCUGCUGGCGCGUAUGCCUAUGAUGCAGCACGGCGCUGCCGAGCCCCGACCCUAGUGGACGGCCAUGGUGCACGCAGCGAUCGUUUCAGCCGUCGGAUCACACCAGCGGACCUGCCCCUGCUGACUGAAGCGACCAAGCGUCUGAAACAGUAUCUCGUUGCAGCAGCAGCCGGCACUGUUGAGGCGGAUGGGGGCGCCCACACGGGACUGACAGCCACACCUGAGAUGGAUACCCCUCAUGUCGAGCUGCACCGCCCCACCAGCGGACCCCUGGUCGCCAUCGUGCGCAUGCCUGGCACUCCUGAGCGGACUGAACAGGCUCGCAUGCCCAUCUAUGUGCACCUCCUCCAGCCGCCCAGCAUCGAUGACACCAUCGAGCUGUUCACGCUUGCCCCCCACCAGGCCGUGCCCUUCAUGCUCAUGGCUCGGUACUUCGAUCGCCGUGAUGAACCCAACCCUGGCGACCCGCCGCAGAUGCUUGUGGAGGGCAAGCCCGUGCAUCGCAGCCUCUCUACCCACGCCAUGUUUGCCCUAUCUGCUGGCAGCAACCGAGCGGACAGCGUCAGGAAAGGCAGCACAGCCAGCCUACAGGUGCAUCAUAAUGUCGGCGAUGGUGCGCUCAUCAUUGACGAGAUUGGCAUGAACAGCCUGGACCACCUGGGUGCGUGCAACCAUUCCUGCACUCGUCACCUGUUGCCCCCACCGCAUCUCGCCGGCGACCACCCCGCCGCCACCAUCUUCAGCGGCCGUCCCAGCGCCAACACAGGCGACGAGUUCCAGCACCCAAAGCCAGGUGGCCCGCCCCUCUACCGGUACACCGCUGCUGUGGAAUGCAACCCUCAGUUCUCGCCCUCUGUCCCAACCGCACAACCUCUGCAUGGAGACGAGGACAACGAUGGCGACCCUAAUGAGGCCGCCGCUGGAUCUCAAGGCGGUCAGCAGCAACCCGAAGUAGCAGCACGCCGGCCCCGGGCUGUCCCGCAGACUCAGAGCUGCAUACUUGAGGGCUUCCGGGUUUACCGAUCCCUGGCUAAGACGGUCUUCUUGCUGGAGAAGCAGCAGCGCCAGGACAGCAGCCCCUCUGGUCGUCGCCUGACAGAGUACGCCUCUAUGUUCGGCGGUGAGCCAGCCACCGAGCAGCGCAUAGCCGAGAUGGUCGACAAUCUUAACAGCCGUGCCAUCAUCGACUUGGCCGACCUGGCACACCUUGAGCCGCGCGUCGUGCUGCAGAGGAAUGAACCACGCCACACACUCAAUACCCGGCUCAUCAUGCUGGAGGCACAGCGCAAGAAUCAGCGCCUUGUGGUGUGGAAUGCGGACCACGUCCCUGUCCAGAAGCGCGGUGCUGCUGUGGAGCCGGCCCUGACACACGUGGAGAAAGCAGUUGCGAUGCAGAUAAAGGAUCACGAGUUUGGCCACACCACCGCCGACACGUGGUACUACCAUGGCGCCCGAUACAUCCUCCUUGAUACGACAGCUGCCGAUGCCGGAGCGAGCCACAACAAUGAGGUGGAAGCCUGCGGCCUGCUUGAGGAUGGCCGCGAGCCAGCAGAUGACGGCCGUGGCCCUUACCACCGGCUCAAGUACCUUCCAGUGGCCGUCAUUGUGCGGCCUAUAAACGGCCACAUCCCCGGCACCGUGCUGCAGGGCCUUGGAGACUACGCCAGCAGGGGUGGUGCCUUCAUCCUGUCACCCCGGACGUCUUGCAUUGCCGAGGUGGAGAUGCCUGCCGCCGGGUGCGGCACCAUCACAAAGCAGAUCCGGCGCCUCAACGUACCGCUCGGCGACCGCCAGGCGGUCACCGAUUACUUCGUGCAAGGCCGCAGCUUCAAAGACGAGUGCUGGCUGGUGGAUCUCGCUGUCCCACCCAACGGCAUCAAGCGCGCCACCCUGUAUGUGCUGCUGACCCGCUUUAAGACGCUGGACCACGUCCGUCUGCUACGGCCGCUUUAUACCAUGCUACAUGAGCGCAAGAGGAUAAUCAGACAAUUCCUCAGCGCGACUAACCUCGAGCCGGACCUGGCCGCCAACCUGCGCCUACUCAAGCAGGCAGCACAUGAGACGGAGCAGCGGUAUACGAUGGAGUUUGAGCAUGCACGACAGCUGGAAGCGCGCUGGGCCCGCCCGGGCCCAGGGCCCAGUCGAGCUGAGUUGAGUUGA